CCAUUCAAGGCAAGCAACACGCUCUCAUGUCCUGACUGCAGAGUAACGACGAGCUUUGGUCUGGAAGGUGUUGAUGGCCUACCCAAGAACUUCACCCUUGCAAAUAUAUGUCGGAAGUUCAAGGAGACUUUACACAAGCCCCCCUUUCUUGCAUCGUGUGAACGUCGCUCAACGACACCAUCAACGCGAAAGAGCUGUUAUUGUUUUGCAUGUCAAGUCAUUGUGAGGAGUGGAGAUCUACUGACAACACAUCUAUGUCAUGUCACAGAGGACUUAGAUACGGCAAUGACUCAUCGCAAGGCUAAACUCUCCACUUGUAUUCCGGAGCUUGAAAGAAGUCGCUACAAGAAUUAUGCUAAACUGAAAACAGCAUCACAUGAGCAUUAUCAAAGACAGGAAUAUCUGCAGAAACAAGAAGAUGAGAUCAACUCCCUGGCAGACUUGAUAGAGGAACAUGUGCGAUCACGAAGGAAAGAAGUCCUGGGAGAGAUAGAGACGUUAAAGACACACAACAAGACAAACUUCGAGGUGUUCCAGGGGCACCUCCAGUCCUACAUCUCCACUGUCGACACCAUCACUGCUGCUGCACAUGCCUUAGAUGGACAGAGCUUGGAUACAGAGGAAGGACAGGCUGUGUUUGUACAGGUGGUAGACGACGUCUUGCUAAAUACACAGCAACUGGCUAGAAUGGAUGACGUUUCCCUUGAGCAUGGCGUACCCAGUGAUACACAUGGUGAAGUGUUUGCAGAGAAUCUAAGAGUUGACUUCACAACACUACUUGGUGCAUCGGUAGCCCCUACAAACACGACCCUAACCCCUAGCAACGGGGACAAAUCAACAGGUGCACAACUUAAGUGGGAUCCACAGGACUGUCAUUCAUCACUUGCAAUAUCCCAGGACUGUUUGGUGGUGACAGCUGAGAAAUGGGAGGAUGCGGAGAUCCCAGGCGGAUGUUGUAACAAUGGAGGCAACUGGGUGAACGUUUGUGGAAUAGCUUCGAGCAUGGUCCUACAAAUGACCAACAUCUACUGGGAGAUCCUCGUCACAUUCGCUAUCUUGGGUUAUAUGGAUGACAACGACGUGAUCACGGACCUCGGAAUAUGCAAAUCGGGACAGGAAGAUGUUUAUUCACCAUUGAGUAAAAACUACUAUUGCCUCUGUUGCAGUCUGUUCAAAGAUCCAGACUCAUCAAGCAUUGCUAUGGACUUCUGGGAUGGCCCAAAAAACUCAACAAGCGACAGUGUGGUGGUCAGACGUAUAAGACGCCGUAAGAGGGAGCCUCUCAAACUCGGGUUCAAUGUCGACUUCCACAACAAGAUGUUCAGGAUCAUUGACGUCAAUGAGAACUCUGUUCUUCAUACUUUUGAGGACAUGAGGUUCACGCAGGUCACUGCAGUGGCGUCGAUUGACCAUGAAGACAAGGUCAGAACGUCCUUAGAAUUGGAAAGUGACGUAGAUGGUUUUCCUUCCAUACUUUUUCAGUGAAACUAUACUGAAAAUUCUUCAGUGACGACCAGUUGCCUUAGAAUCGCAAAACCACAAGCAUACAUGGUUCACACUGAACAACAAAAGGAAUACAAGACACUGAUACUCAGCGACACUGGGUUAGUUCUUCAUACGGUUGAUAACACGAGUUAGGCACUGUUGUGGAAUCAGUUUCCUGCCAUACUUUAUAACCGAAACUUGUAUCUGCACAUCCGUCUGAAGUGAUGACGCCGACCAGCAUCGCAUGGCAUCAUAAGAAAAUACAUUUAUAUGAUAUGCAUCUGUCAAUGUGUAUCUUGAAAGGACAUUGCUAAAUUGAACAUUGAAAUGUGGUAGUUGGACUAAAAAUAGUUUGUAAUUUAUCGGGUAGUAUGGCGGAAAGUUUAAUUUUCAUGUACAGUAAGGGUUGUAAAUUAUAUGGCUUUGCAGUGCUUCAGCAGGGCUGGUGGAAGUCGUUAUCUUGUAGUCAAUUAAUCUAUUUAUUACUCAGUUUUGGCAGUAAAAUUCCAUUGGAAUUUUCCUAUGACGGUUGCGAGGUCCACAUGUCUUCCUGGCGUAGCGUGUUUUCGGAUCUUUAGGUGUCGCCGAACACGCUAUGUUAGGAAUUAUCAUUUGACCAAUGGGAAGUUUAGAAGAUUGUAUGACCCCGUGACCUAUGAAAGCCUGAUAGGACCGAGAUUAGUAGUCUGAAGUUUCGGGGGGAAAUAAGGAUUUGGGUAGGUUGGAAAGUAAGAAAUAAGUUAAAAGGUAGGUUUUGUAUUUAGUAUAGUUAUUGGAAUAGUGGUGUGGGGGAGAAGUAGGAUCAAGUAGGUGUAGGAGAAAAUAGGAUAAAUUAGCAGUUAAGGAUAAAGAAAUUUAGGCCAAUAGUAAAGGUUUAAUUGUGUGUGAGUUCUUUCUUUUUGUAUUUUUCUGAUUUAUUGUUAAUUU